CCUUCAGCGUUGCCCUAGCGGAGUACCUGCUCUCUGGGUGCAGAUAUGUAUAACACACCAACUUACUGUGACCUAGGAAAGGCUGCCAAGGAUGUCUUCAACAAAGGAUAUGGGUUUGGCAUGGUCAAAAUAAACCUGAGAACCAAGUCAUGUAGUGGAGUGGAAUUUUCUACUUCUGGUCGUGCUUAUACUGAUACAGGGAAAGCUUCAGGCAACCUAGAGACCAAAUAUAAGGUCUGUAAUUAUGGACUUACCUUCACCCAAAAAUGGAACACAGACAAUACUCUUGGAACAGAAAUCUCUUGGAAGAAUAAGUUGGCCGAAGGGUUGAAACUUACUCUUGAUACCAUAUUUGUACCGAACACAGGAAAGAAGAGGGGGAAAUUGAAGGCCUCCUAUAAACUGGAUUGUUUCAGUCUUGGCAGUAAUGUUGAUAUAGAUUUUUCUGGCCCGACCAUCUAUGGCUGGGCUGUGUUAGCCUUUGAAGGUUGGCUUGCUGGCUAUCAGAUGAGUUUUGACACAGUGAAAUCCAAACUGUCACAGAAUAAUUUCGCCCUGGGUUACAAGGCUGCGGACUUCCAGCUGCACACUCAUGUGAAUGAUGGCACUGAAUUUGGAGGGUCUAUCUACCAGAAGGUUAAUGAGAAGAUUGAAACAUCAAUAAACCUUGCAUGGACAGCUGGCAGUAACAAUACCUGCUUUGGCAUCGCUGCUAAAUACAAGUUGGAUUGUAGAACAACUCUCUCUGCUAAAGUAAAUAAUGCCAGCCUGAUUGGACUGGGUUAUACUCAGACUCUUCGACCAGGAGUCAAACUGACCCUAUCAGCUUUAAUUGAUGGAAAGAACUUCAAUGCAGGAGGUCACAAAGUUGGGUUGGGAUUUGAACUAGAAGAUUAAUGAGGUUUUGAAUAAAACAUCAGAUUUCUCCCUGGAGAUGAAGAGAAAUGAACCCACUAUGUUUGGGCCUUAAAAUUCUUUGAGAUUUCAAAAGUGUGAACUUUUUAUUCUUCCAAAGAAUUGUUAUCCUCCCACACAC